GCCGUUUCCGGUUAUGAUGCAACAUGACAUUGAGCUUAUUGCCCCAGUGGAGACUGCGGUGUCAGAAGGACCAGGGUGCUCUAUGGGUUGAACUCUCCCACCACAUCAUUUGUUUCUAGUGAUCGCCAUUUGUCGCACCCAUUAGGGAAUCUGUCGCAAUGAAAGCCGCUCUGAUCGUGGUUGAUAUGCAGGAGGACUUUUGCCCUCCAAAUGGUUCUCUCGCAGUUCAAGGUGCACGCGAGAUAGCCCCGACCAUUAAUAAACUCCUGGCAAACCCCGGCUUCGCCAUCCAGGUCGUCUCGCAGGACUACCAUUCGGAAACCCACAUCUCCUUCUCGAGUAACCACCCGCCUCCGAACAACCACCCCUUCGAGUCCUACGUGCAGAUGAACAAUCCGGCUCCGGGCAAGCACGACGAGGUCAAGCCGCAGCGGCUGUGGCCGGUUCACUGCGUGGCAGGUACCAAAGGCGCGGCGGUCAUUCCCGAAAUCGACACCAGUCGGGUCGAUCUGACCGUGAAAAAAGGAAUGAAUCCGCGGGUGGAAAUGUACUCGGUGUUCUCCGAUGCGUUUGGGAAUCGCGAUCCGGUUGUCAAUGCGCAGUCUGUGAGUGCGGAUUUGAAGGCGUUCCUGGCGAGCCAGCAGGUUACGGACGUCUUCUCGGUGGGGGUGGCGGGCGAUUUUUGUGUCAAGUACACGGCUAUCGAUGCUGCGCUUGAAGGGUUCCGGAGUUACUUUGUAGAGGAUGCGACACGGUGUGUUUCGCCGGAUGAAGGGUGGGCCGAUGCCAGGAAGGAGUUGGAGGCAGCAGGGGUGUCGAUUGUUCGAUCCGAUGGACCUGAGAUCGGAAAUCUAUGUCUAAAGAAUUGAAUCAAUAUCUAUACAGUUCGUCGCCGAAAUUCAAGGCGUGGAUUGCAGGGGCUAG